GUUGCCCCUCGGUGCCUGCAGCAGCGUCGCUCGUCGGGCCGCGCCUCCUUAAAGACCUGCGGGCGGGCGAGCGAGUGGAAGAGAGCCGGUGAGGGCGAGCGGGCCGGAUGGGGAGGGCGCCGAGGGCCGCGGGCCGCUGAGUCGGGCCGCGCUGUUGCCGCUGGCCUCUUGGCUGCGCCCCCUCGCCGCCGCUGCCCCGAGACCGGCGCGGUGGGCUGCCUCGGCGGAGGAGACUGUCUCCACUUUCCGUCCCCUCACGAGCGCGACGCGGGGUGCCCGCCCCGCCGGACAGGUGCUGCCCUUCGAGUCGCCGACUCUGACGCGGAGCCUGACCUCUGCGGUCCUGAUCGGGCCAGUGCGUAUGCGUAGCCGGAGUUUAUCCUGGAGGAGCGCGGGCUGCGCAGGUGACUCCGUCCUCUUCAAAUGUCUGAAGGCUCGAGAAGGCUUUGGCUCCGAAGAAUUUCCCAAUCCUGCUGGAAAACCGAUUUCAGAGCUUAGGGUACAGAUGCGUGACGUGGUGGAUUUAAUUCUGAAGCUUAUAUUUAAAACUUACGGAUAUUUCCAGACAUUACUAAAAACAGUUCAUUAAAAGUUGGUAUAUUUAAGGGCUGCGUAAUACGCUGGAUCUCUUCAUGUGGGGAGAAGAGUUUAAAAGAACUGCUUUUGUAUGAGUAAUACUCUUUAGAACAGAGAAGAUAAAGCUGAUUUUGAGUUACUGAAAUUACUCAGCACGGGUCCUGCAUUACCUGUCUUUCAUUUCCCUUACAUCUGUGGUGAUUGUAUUUUAAGAACUUUUUCAGAAGACGAGAGAAAUAUUUUGGAAAUUGAUUUAGAAAUGUUUGCUGCCAUUACUCUUAGUAGCUAAGCAUUUUUUAAAAAUUAUUGGUGAAAAUUCUGGAAGGAAUUUUUUUCCCCCUGCAUUCUUCCUUUCUUUUUCCUCUUCUGCUUUUUUCUUUUUUAAGCUGUCCUUGUAUCAUGUUUCAUCCUGUUUUUGAUUCUUCAUUGCCCCUCAUUUUCCAACAUCUUAGCGUUCCAUAAUAAGCUCAGUCAAGCAUAUUCACCCACAACUUUCAGAAGGUGUCCUGAUGCAGUGAUUUCUACUACUGAGGAAAGGUAUAAAACUCAAAACAUGAGCAACCAUAUAUAUAACCACUGUUCAAAGCUGAUUUGGCUAGAACUGGAAUACAGUUGCCUGCAGCAUAUUCCAGAGGAAUUGGAAAAGUCCAAGUGAUGGGUAACAGAAAAGACCCUCCAUUCUUCAAUGAAGAUAACGUGGGACCAUUUUGCUACAGACUUCCUUUUUAUGAUACCAUGGAGCUCUUCAUUGAAACACUGACUGGAACUUGUUUUGAGCUGAGAGUUUCACCCUUUGAAGCUAUUAUUUCGGUGAAAGCGAAAAUUCAAAGAUUGGAAGGUAUUCCCAUCUGUCAGCAGCACUUAAUUUGGAAUAACAUGGAACUUGAAGAUGAUUAUUGCUUGAAUUAUUACAACAUUUCAGAAGGUUGUACCUUGAAGCUGGUUUUGGCUAUGCGCGGUGGACCUAUAAAUACAAGUAGAGUUCCCGUGGAAGAUCCGCUUAAGGAGAUGGCUGAGUACAUGGAGUCCAGCCGAGAUGAGGUCUGGGAGAAGACCUCUUGCAACAAGCAAGUUACACUUUUGGUGUACCAAGAAGGAGAUCAGUUGAAUUUCUUCCGUGUAGUAGACAGGGGAGACGGCACUCUAACACCGUUAUCUGAGUCUUUAAGUAGUGGUUCUGUGUAUAGCUUGUAUGCUGAUGAAGAUGAGGAAAUAGAGCCUUCUCCUUCUGGGCAACAGAUAAUUGAGAAUUCAAUAACUAUGAAUAAGAUGAAGCUGCUGAAGGCUAAGAUGGAGAACAUGAAUCUCAGCAAAAAGCCUAAGAAAGCUGUCAAGGUAAAACCUCGUCCACCCAUAGCUCCUCGACCUUCUAGUAGUUCCACAGCAGCUGCUCGCCAUAGAUUGUUAAGAGUUCUUCCCCACAUUGGGCAGUCUUGUUUACCUUCUCCUGGGAGCGCAUGUCUGCCUGCCUCAGCCAGCAGAGCAGCUUCAAGUUCGGCAGCUCCACCCCCUGCUGAUAGACCCGUAUCAUCUAUCACUGGUGAUUUUCUUAAGGAAGGUGGUAACUGGGAGAGUUACAUGCUGCCUCAUUCCAGUAGUGGCCUCAAACUACCACCUCAGAUGCCUCAUACGGAGUUUGAAACUGACAAAGAGCUUGCUGAUACUGUUCACCAUCUUGGAUCGUCCCUGCCUAGGCGGACAAAGCACUUUUCGGGAAAGCCGUCAGCUAACGAUGAGGAUGACACUGGUUUAUUUCCAACCUCAGAAGGGUGUGCCACUGAAGAGCCACUUCCACCUGAAGCGGGUUCGUCUGCUUCCCUUACAGAAGGGAAUGCUGGUGAACAGAGCAGUGGCGUGGGAGGCACGCGGAAGGGAAACCUGGAAUCCUCUCUCCUUAAUGGGGAUAGAGGCUCGAAAGCUAGAGAGCAGCAUCUCAAGCACGCUGCAAAAGUGUUGAAUGGUGAGUCAGAGGCUUCAGUUCUCAGCCACCGUGAAUUAAGUCCUCACAAGAACAGACUCUUAUCACCUCUUCGCUGUUCUGCACCAACGUCACUCCAUAAUUCUCUGGCGAAACCACAGAGACAGUCCAGAUGUUUUGAGUCUGGGAGCCUCCAGUCUUCUGCUUCACAACACGUGCUUCGGUCAUUGGAUGUUCGAAAUAUAACUGAUUCUUCUUUCUCUAGGACUACUCGCUUUCGAGCCGUUAAAGUUGAUUCAACUGGGAAAAGAUCUGAUAUUAUUUCUAAAGUUGAGGCUCGGGAUAUCACAGAAAUGGCUAACAGGGCAUCCAAAGAGCCUAUGGGUUUUGUAAAUAAUAUAGGUUUUCUUGCUUCGCUGGCCCGGAGUGCAAGCAGAGACAGCUUACAGAGUGCACGUGGGGCAGGCAGGCUGCGGACCUCUGGAAUUGGGCUGUCUACAAACCUCCAGCAUUUUCAGGAAGAGAGCCUUAGGAGAAGUUCUCCUCAGUUAGAAACUACAGAAUUUUUUUUAUCUGCCCGUGGUAUUGGAAUGAAUGGAAAUAAUACAACGUCAGGGAAAAGAGUAGGAGAAUGUUCUCAUCACCUCCCACCUGUGAAAGCCCCUGUUCAAACAAAGAAGAAGACAACAAAGCAUUGUUUCCUUUGUGGAAAGAAAACUGGACUGGCUACUAGCUACGAGUGCAGAUGUGGAAACAACUUCUGUGCAUCUCAUCGGUAUGCAGAAACUCACAGCUGUACCUAUGAUUACAAGAGUGCAGGGAGGAGAUACUUACAGGAGGCAAAUCCUGCGGUUAACGCACCAAAGCUUCCGAAAAUCUAACUCUUGCUCUGCGCCUAACUGUUCUGCACAAGGAGCCGCAUUACAGUGACAGAGGGGAUGUUGUUUAGACUGCAGUAUUUUUGUUCGACUCCCAAAGACUUGCCAAAUAACAAAAGCUUAUUAUGUACACUGUUGGAAAGUGAGAAAACUACUGUAUUUGACACCUUUAUUCUUUGGUGAAUCAAAAAGUUUAAAAAGUAGUUUCAAACCUUUCGAAUGAUGUAGCUCUGUCAUUACAGGCCUUGUGUUAAGUGUUGUGUACUCGAUAUUGCAAUCUCACUAAACAAGUCUUCAGAAGAUGCACUUUAGGAAGCUAGCACUGACUGUGUAGCCAGCUUCCGUGCUGUACAGAAAUGAGCUGUCAUGUAAUGGCUCUACUCAAAUCUACAGUUUUUUUGUGGGGGUGGUGUGGGUGGGGACUUAAAAAAAACCUAUACGUGAAAGUUCAUUGAGUUUACUGGCAAGUUCCUUUUUAUGUCAAGCUUUUUAUAAAGAAGAACAUUUGGUUUUCCAGUGUGGUUUUAACACAUGUAUUUCUUCUAUAUUCAGAUUGGCGUUUGGAUAUGUCUCCAUUCUACAAUACAAAACACAUCAUGUUAAUCAUAGUAUAUCUCUCUUAAAAUACUGCUUUUUGAAUGGUAGUCCCAUUUGUUGCCAUUAAAUAGAGAACCCAACUUUUCACUUUUUGAAAAAUGAGUAUAUUGAAAACAAAAUCUCACAGCUUGGUUUUUCUUAUGUUGAGUGCUAUUACCAGGAAAAAUUCAAAUAAAUAUUCAAUUUCA